AGCCAGUUUUCUUUGAACACCGCGUUUUCUUCUAAUGUAUGCGCCGCUCGAAUCCCGACAGUCGGAAGUUGCCCGGCCGUCUAGCGCGUUUCUCGUUUCUCCUUUUCUGAGGCCUCUCCGGCCCUUAAAGCUCGCCUUUUUUCUAGGCAACUAAACGACCACAGAUUUUCUUCUUUUCCUCAACUGCCCUCUUUCCACUGGGAGUGACGCAAAGAGGUACAUUUCUCCCGCUCGCGGCUCUCUUCGCUCUGGGGGCUUGGCUGCGCAAGAGCGAGACUUGCGAGAAAAUCCACCGCCACAAAUCCCCGUUUGAACCGUACAGUCUCCUGACGGCCUUGUCUUUCUCUGGACAUGCGAAAACCAAGCAUGAUCAAUCUUGCAAGCAGCUUCCAAACCGACGGCGCCCGCCGCUAUGCGCCUGGUCGUCCUUCCCAAUGCCUUUAAACGCGUAGCUGCAUAAACGCGUAGGUGUACAGGUAUGCACAAGUAUUUUACUAUAUUCCUUAUAUAUGCAGUCAUUCGCGUAUCUGCCUGCGUCCCUCUGAUGGUCUAAUAACGGUGGGCGCUUCUGCAUCUCGUAAAGCUUUUUGGUGUUGGAAUUUUUGCUUGGAACGGAUUGCUGUCGGGUGUCCGUCCACAGGCAUGUGUGGGUGCCACCGCGCGAUUCUUCAUUCCGUUUUUUGUUUGGAAAAAUGAGCGAGUCUGCUUGCAUAGUGGAUUGCCCGGAGGUCGGCCCUCUGGUGCCUGCACACACCCCCUCCUUCGCUCCGGCUUCGCUGUCGGCAAACAGACAGGAAGUUUCUGUUGAAGAAGUCUUUUCAGAAAUCCAUGCAGAACUUGUCGCAGAGGCGCUCAAGGACCUCGACCCCGACGCAGAAUUGGACUCAUCUGCUGCAACACUCGUUGGAGAUUUGCUGGACGCCUUCGUCGUCGACACCGGCAUUCAGGCCGCCCGGAUCUGCCGCUUUCGCCGCGGAAAGACGCUCACGCGAGAAGAUCUGGAUUUCUGUCUCAGCCGGAACUUUGCAGUUCCCUCCACGUCCGACUUGCCUGUCUCCAGUGUUGUCUCCUCAACUGUCUCCAGUGUUGUCUCCUCAAGUGUCUCCUCGAGUGUCUCCUCGAGUGUCUCCAGAGACACCGGGGGGUGGCGUCCGUUGGCCGUCGCGUCGCCGCUGUCGAGUUUUGCGUGGGGACGGCAGCGGAGGCAGGAGGGCGACCCGUCCGAGUCGCUCAAGGCUCUGGUUUCGCGGCAGCAGGAGACGCACACACGGUUGUUUCACCAGAUUCUCCAGGAGCAGAAAGAAGGCAUUUCUGGGGGCUUGAGUCGCGGAGAGGGCGGCCGCAAAAUCCGCAUUCGAACGCUGGUCUCUCAGAAGGGAUCUGCGCAGAAGGGAGUGUCUUGGGCUCCUGGCGACAGGGAAGAGAAGAAGCGCGUUCGAGGUGGAGACUGCACUGAGGCCGGCGAGGACAGCGAUGGCCGGAGUUCUGCCUCGCCGCAAGGUGGAGAAGGGGAGACUGCGGAGACAGGCGUCUCGGCCAAAAAGAGCUGUGUCGCGAGCGACGGACGCCCUGACGCCGCCGCUGCUUCGGUGUCAACGGAUCUGAGGCCCUCUGGAGAGGAGCAGACAGAAGCGCGAGGCGGGCAAGCCGCGUUCGUUGCGUCGGCAGACGGGGGAGGAGAGACCCCUGUCUCUGGGGACAGAGCAGCGGCUGUUGGGUGUGGAGAGAGCAGAGAGGGGAUCCGCGAGAAGGAGAGAGACAGACAGAGGUGGAACGCGUCGAGUUGCGCGAGUCUCCAAGAGGCCGAUUUCGGAAACGCUCCUGGGCCUCAAGAUGGACAACAGAUGAAUCUGAACAGACACACGGGAGGAACAGGUCCAUCGGCGUCUGCUGCUCUCGCGCCUGCUGCUCUCGCGCCUGCUGCUCUCGCGCCUGCUCUUCCUCCUUCCUUGUCUCAGUCGCCUGCCUCUCUCCACGCGUUUGCAGAAUCUUCUGCCCAACCGUCAAAUCCUAAACCUUUGGGAUUCGUCGCGGAUGUAUCGCCCGUUUGUGCUCAGGGUGGAGACUCCACUCCUCACUCUUCUGGAGUUCCUGUUUCUCAUGGUGUUGCUUCGCUGCCUCUGCAUGCGCGCGACCUUCCUCGUCCUGCUGCAGAAGGCUUGGUCAACCUGCCUGUCGACUACUCACAACCGUACCCUUCUCUCCCUUCUUCUCUCCCUCCUUUCGCGUCUCCCUAUUUUCCGGCAGGUCUCGCGUAUCCUCCUGUCGCUCAAGGUCCGUCGGUUACUCCGCAUGAUUCGCAUUUUUUCGCUUCGGGGAGCUUCCUCGCUUCUCCUCUCGCUCCGUUUCGCCACCCGCGGAGACAGCAGGGAUACGAGGGAGAAGAACUCGCAGGGCGAGAGGCGCUGAAGCUCUAGGUUGGAAUGAUCUCGAAGAGGAAGAUCGACGUGGAAUGAUGUGUGAGAAGAGCUGAAGAAGAUGUGCAGGAGACGUGAGAACGGAAGUCCGUGAAGAAGGCGAAAGCGCCUGUGCGAGAACUCGACCUCAGGAGAGGUGGAAGGAAACCUUCGUUUCGGCCACAGUCUUUACUCGAUUUCAAAAGGAGACAGCAGGAGAGGGGAAGACGGCAUGGAAGAGACACAUACACUUUUGAGGGAACUCCAGGAAGAGAGAGAUUCAGGGAGACAUGGCGACACAGCUUGAAGAACUUUGGGUCUCGACUUCAUUUUCCUGCCAGUACACCCAGCGAAUGCCAGAAGGGGAAGGAGAACGCAGUCGACAGAUGGAAAGAAGCUUGUCGCGGUGGCGUAACACCCUGUCGAAGAAGCUUCGUAUUUUUCCCCUGAGCCUGACGGGAGAUCAAAUGCACUGCCUCAGCUGCAGCGCGCGGUGGAAAGACACCUGAAGAGGGCUGCUCGCAUUGUCUCUUUGCACUGUUCAGUUGAAGGAACAGUGCCGUUUUCAUGCGCUUUCUGCGUCUCUGUUUCUAUGCGGGAUAGCGGCCAAAGGUGCCAGCCGAGAGGAAAGGAAGAAGGCAUAUUGAGAGGUUUCUGAGGCAUGCGUGUGCACUGUGCUUCUCGCUGCCCAGCUGCCUUCUUCGAGUGACAGGGAACUUCGGAAGACUGUUUUCUUUGACUUUUCGACGACGAAUGUGAAGACAAUCUUCAGCUGUGUAGCUGCUGAGGGCUACCUUCGCUUGUUCGGUUUUCCUUCCUUCCCGGUGUGUAGCUGAACGCGGAAAAGGAGACACUGUGCAAGAGAGAAGAAAGAGAAAAAGUCGAGAACGGAGACGCAGGAACAGCGGCUGUUCGUGGCUUCACAGAACGAAGGAGCAACAAAAGAAGAGAGAAAAGGAGACCGCAUAAAGGAAAGCAGCGAGGACCGAAGAAGAGAGACCAUAACAGGAAGGAGAGAGACGAACAUAUCCGCAUAUCGCGUCGCGAUG